AAAAUAACUUAAAUACAAAUAGAAAGAGAAGGAACAUCGAUUGUCAAUACUGGUCAAGGAAGCAAAUCGUUAACGCGGAUUACAGAGGAUUAACAAAAGGGAAACAAAUCUUUGCGUGCACGAGUCUUCACCAAAUUGUGGGAAGGGAGCCAUCACGCGCGUGGGGACAAAGGAAGUCACGCUAAAUUAAACAUACAUAACCCUUCAAUCGAAGAAAUAAGAACAAAACGAAUACCGAAGUAAAAAAAGCUUCAACGGAUUAGGUGUGAUUGAAAACCAGGGCUAUGGCACUAGUUUGUGACAAAAGCAUUUGAAACAUCCUGCAACCUGUGACGCUUUUCUUCUUCGAUCUUACGUGGGCACAGGGAUCGUGUUGUAGGAUGCAUGUAAUAAUUGGAGAGCUGACGUUGUUUUAAUUGAAGCCGCCUUCAGAAAAUACUUUUGUCUCUUCUACCGCAGUUAAAACUUCUUAAGAAUCUUCUUGUUCCAGUUUGAUCAAGCAUUGCUGUUGCGGUACCAAAACGUAACGUCAAUAGAACAUUGUGUUCUCUUGGUAACGGAUACAGCCCUUAAAUAUUGCUGGAGUGUGCCUGCUUUCUUCAAUUUUUCCCGACAAGUGGUUUUCUUGUUUUCAGAAGAGUCUAUUAUUGAUGUAGCUGUCACUCUUGUUUCCUAAAGAAUUGUUUUUGAGAUAUCUUGAAAGAGGGUUUCACUAUGUCUAUUAACCGCAAAACACUUGACUAUGGAAGGCGUCUUUUAAGAUUUCAAUCGACUCUUUAACUAUAUCGGCCCGGCAGCAUAACAUGACUACCAUGCUUUCACGAAUGCAAAAUCGUGGGAUGACCAAAUUUGGUAUUCAGUCAUCUGUCACCUCAGAGCAAAUUUGAGAUCUGUUUAUCAAGGUGAACAAAAGGAAACUUCCUUUCACAUUGAAUACCUCGUGAUCCGACGUAAUCAAUGUUUAUUUUUUUUUUAUCUCGAUUGAAAAGUCUCCCUCAAUUAGAAACGCAUAACAUAGCGAAAUUUUUUUCUACUCAAGCGAUUAAGAAACAGUGAAUAGCGAAAGCGCAAUAACUGUUUUCGUUAAAUGAUAACGUUCGUAAUUUUUAAAUCAAAAGAAAAAAGGCAUAAUUUUUAUGUCCUUUAUUUUUUUUCUUUGUGGCAUCUAGCAGUAUACUCCUUAACGGACCUCCUUGGGUUCAGACCGGUCAAAUGCAAAAUAACAUUGUCUCGAUAUAAUGGCCAAUAUCAAGAAUAAUUGGUCUACAAAACAAACUAUGUUCGUUACAAACUUACUUUUAGUCAAGAGAUUGUGAUAAUAGAAAUAUUAUGAUUACCGAACAGGGUGACAGCGCCUUAAUUGAAAAUACGUCACGAUAAUUAAUAUUUUUGUCGCCAAGCCAAAGUGACAUGACCGGUACAAGAUUUAUUAUUUUUACAUAAACCAUGCUCAAUUGAACCCAUCAAAAAUUCAUGAUUGACACUGGCCACUGAGUACGUGCCAAAUAUAGCGCGUAACGGCAAUAAACGAAUUUCGCUUUCCGAAGUCAGUUUCAGGAAAUUGAACGCUACAAUACACGUGGCGUGGAUGUGUUGUUUGAAAGAAACGCCGUUUAACUGAGAAACUGGUCUUAACACAGUUGCAAGAGUCUCCACUUUGAAAGACGUACUAAUUACGUCUGUAAAAUAUGGAUAUGGCCUUGAUGAUGUUUUGCCUCAACCACCUCCGUGAUGUUAGAGUAGCAAUGAUCAUAAUUUUUCUUCUCGUGAAACCUCAAGCCACAUGUGCCACAAGCGAGAUCAUCAAUCCAGGAGAGAGAAUUUACAAGGAAGGAAACGUUACAAUCGGCGGUCUCUUCCCAGUUCACGUAAGAGAUGAAUUUAGACCGAAAUUUAUGGGCUUAGCGGAAGCCAUGGUUUUUGCAGUAGAAAAUAUCAACAAUAACUCAAAUAUCUUACCAGAUAUCACUCUUGGAUAUGACAUCUCCGACACAAACCUUGAAAACCGCCGGGCCAUGAAAUCCACUUUGGACUUUGUGAAUGUUCAUAAAUUUGCUUUCGCGAACCCUGAACUCAAUGAAACUUGCACGAUCUUACCCAGGGGUAAAUUUUCUCCGGUGGUCGCUGUAGUUGGGACCGGAACGUCUCGCUCCUCGAUUCUGGUGUCAAAUUUAUUGGAAGUGGAAGAUAUCCCGCUUAUAAGCUACGCUGCUACAAGCGAUUAGUGAAGCUUGGGGAAACCAUGAUCGUGUAAUCAAGCGCACAGACUUGCAACCUAUCUUAAAAGGAAUGCUUGGGGUUGUAUUCACGAGCAUUACUGUGCCUUCAUAUAAACGUUAUCUUCUGUCACGCACUUCUGCUUACAGGCCAGAGCCAUGGUGGAGGCGAGAGAUGCAAGCCGGGAUACCGCCAAACACAGGAGCUAAACUGUUGCUGGCAAUGCAUCAGGUGUUUACAGGACACUAUUUCCAGCGUGUUUGGGGCGAUGAAUUGCACGCCGU